AUGCUGGGCUUUAUGUGUAUACCGCAAUCGACGAAUUUGGUAUUCAUUUGGGGUGACGUGGAUAUGAUGACCGAAAACUUGGCGACCGCUAAUAUCCCAGUCGCGAAUUCUUUCAUGAAAGCAUUCACCAUCUGGCGCAGAAGGAAAGUUUUGAAGCUGUUGGUCAACUUCUUCUAUCAAGAUUGGUAUAUGCCAAAAACGUCUGAAGAAAGAACAAUUAUGCUGAAAAAUGCCAAAAUUGUGAGAAAGAUAUCCAUAUGGUGCACAAUACUAACGCAGAUAAUGGUAACCAUAUAUAUCGUUCUAAGGAUCUCGACGAUCAUCAGAUUUUCACCUAAUGACCCGGCUUGUCCCAUGCUUUAUACGGCCUAUUUUCCUUUCGACAUUACCAGAAGUCCGAUUUUUGAAUUGAUUUGCAUAUGCCAGAUUUUAUCUGCUUAUAGCGCAACGGUUACUUAUACCGGUACCGACAGUUUCAUUUCUAUGCUAGUGCUCCACGUCUGCGGCCAAUUCGAAAACUUGCGCGAGAGACUCAAGAAUCUCGUUAACGAUUCGAACGGAAUAAAAACGUCUCAAGAGUUCAAGAGUGAACUGAGACAAAUUGUAAUGAGGCAUGAACAUUUAAACUGGUUUGCAAAAACAAUCGAGGAGUCCUUCAACAUGAUGAUGCUAAUACAGAUGCUUUCUUGUACUGUUCAAUUAUGCUUUCAAGGGUUCCAGGUUUUUACGGUGAGUGGCUCGAAAAUAGCAUUUUAUCAAAUAUUGUUUAUGUUUGCAAAAACAAUCGAGGAUUCCUUCAACAUGAUGCUGUUAAUACAGAUACUUUCUUGUACUGUUCAAUUAUGCUUUCAAGGAUUCCAAGUUUUUAGGAGUACUGAGAUAGGAUUGUCUGCGUACGAAUCGAACUGGUUUAAUAUGCCAGGAAAGGAAGCCAGAAAUCUUCUUCUUAUCAUGCAUAGAUCGACAAUACCUCUUUACUUAACUGCUGGGAAAUUCAGCACAUUUUCUUUACAGAUGUUCAGUAAGAUUGUGAGAUCUUCACUCGGUUAUCUCUCAGUAUUACUUACGGUAACCGAACGGAAAGAAUAA